CUGAACCUCUGAUCUACAGCUGCAGCUCCAUAACUACCAUCAUCAGCAUCAAUCAGAACAUGGCACCCAAAAGGAAGGCCCCUCGUCAGAAGAAGGCCGCCAUCGACUCCGUGGCUCAGGUUGCCAUGGAGACAGCCUCAGCAUCACUGAAGAUAGAGCGCCGCGGUGACGGCGUGGUGGUGGUGGAGAGCGGUGUGAAGAAGAUCGAGCAGAUGGCGGCGCUGGACAUCGCUCAGCUGAACAGCCUGAACCUGCCGCUGCCGCCGCCCGUCAUCAGACCCGGGGAGCGCGGCCUGGGCCUGGGCAGCGAGCUGACCCGCCCGCUGCACGGCAGCGCCCUGCUGGAGGAGCUCAGCCGGAUGCGCCAGGAGAAGUUUCUCACGGACCUGGAGUUGGCCUGUAAGACGAAAGCCUUCGACGUUCACAAACUGGUCAUUUCCUCCGUCAGCCAGUACUUCAGGGAGAUUCUGGCCAAAGAUCCUGGAAUGAAGCGUUUGGAGCUGCCGUCCCUGUCCCCUCUGGGUCUUGCCAACGUGAUCACCUUCGCCUACCUGGGACGCGUCCACAUGUCCCUCUACACCAUCGGCUGCACCGUCUCCGCGGCCGCCACCCUGCAGAUCCCUCAGCUCCUCAAGAUGUGCGUGGACUUCCUGCUGGCCGAGCUCAACGUGCAGACCUGCGUCUACAUCUGGAACAUCGCCGCCGCCUACGGCCUGCGGCCCGUGUGCGACGCCGCCCGCCGCUUCGUCCUGGAGAACUUCGUGCAGUUCGCCGAGACGCCGCUGUUCACGCAGCUGACCCUGGAGCAGAUCUCCGCCUUCCUGCAGGACGACGCCCUGCUGCUGCCCUCGGAGGUCACGGCCUUCCAGCUCGCCAUGAAGUGGUUGGACUUCGACGCCUCCCGGCAGGUCCACGCCUCCGACCUUCUGCUCCACGUCCGUUUUGAGACCAUCCCCGCCAGCGAGCUGGUGAGCCAGGUCCAGCCGGUGCCCCGCAUGAUGCUGGACCCCCAGUGCCACCGCCUGCUGGUGGACGCCAUGAACUACCACCUGCUGCCGCAGCAGCAGAACACGCUGCAGUCCCGGCGCACCCAGGUCCGAGGCAGCCAGCAGACCCUGCUCACCAUCGGAGGACGCCCGUCUCUCACCGAGAGAGCUCUGAGCCGCGAGGUGCUGUGGAGGGACCCUCGAGAGGGAGGGGCCAGCUGGCGCCCCCUCACCCAGCUGCCGGCGAAGAGCUUCAACCAGUGCGUGGCCGUGAUGGACGGCUUCCUGUACGUGGCGGGAGGGGAGGACCAGAACGACGCCCGGAACCAGGCCAAGCACGCCGUCAGCACCCUGAGCAGGUACGACCCCCGCUUCAACACCUGGCUCCACCUGGCCAGCAUGCGGCAGCGCCGGACCCACUUCUCGCUGUCGGCCAGCGGCGGCCGCCUGUUCGCCAUCGGCGGGCGGAACGUGGAGGGUCUGCUGGCCACGGCCGAGAGCUACCUGCCCUCCUCCAACACCUGGCAGCUGCGCGCCCCCAUGGAGGCCCCCCGCUGCUGCCACGCCAGCACCACCCUGCCCUCCGGAGACAUCCUGGUGACCGGCGGCUACACCAGCUGCGCCUACUCGCGCUCCGUGUGCCGCUACAGCGUGGAGGCCGACACCUGGACCGAGCAGGCCCCCAUGGAGACCCCCCGGGGCUGGCACUGCUCCGCCACGCUCGGAGGGAGGGUCUACGUGGUGGGCGGGAGCCAGCUGGGGCCGGGGGCGGAGCGGGUGGACGUCCUGUCGGUGGAGGUGUUCUCCCCAGAGAGCGGGUCGUGGAGCCGGGCCGCGCCCCUCCCCCUCGGGGUGAGCACCGCCGGCCUGGCGCCGCUGGCCGAGCGGCUCUACCUGCUGGGGGGCUGGAACGAGGCCGAGAAACGCUACAAGGCCGCCGUGCAGAUCUACGAGCCCGCCACGGACAGCUGGUCCAGAGCCGAGGACCUCCCCGAGCCCACGGUGGGGGUCUCCUGCUGCGCCCUGACCCUGCCGCCCCGCCACGCCCCCCGCCGGCAGCAGCACCGCAACACGCCGGAGCAGGCCGGGAAGAGCCGGAGCCGAGAGAGCAGCGAGACCCCGGCUCAGACCAGCAGGGCGUAGGAAGACCCGGGAAGACCCGGGUCACAGCGGACCGCUUCCUUUUUAUCCAAAAGUCAAAGAUCAAAGAGCCAGGACGGUGUGAAACGUUGAAACUGAUUUCAAUUCAACCGAACGUUAAAUUAUUCGUUUCAGCACAAAACGUUACUUUCUACCAUUAUUUCAAAAUAAAAGCUGAAUUCUUGAGUCAGAAAAGAAAAAGUUGGUCUGAUCUGAAAUUUAAAAAUAAAUCAACGUUUUUAUUCUAGUGGUUGUUUUAAUGACGAAGAAGCAGUCUGAACACGAUCAGAACCAGAACCGGGUCGUGGACCUGGUCUGCAGGAAGAGAAGCUGCAGGGUCUGAAGGUUUUAAUGUGAAAGAGCUGAAGAUGGAUUUUAUGAGAUGAGCGGAGCAGAAAGAGCGACGAAGGUGAAAUUUGAAGAAUGUUUCUAGUUUUAUUUGUUCUGUGGAGCCAACGUGAAGAAACGUGUUCAAUGAUAAAAUAUAAAAACCUUCGACAGGAGCAGCUUUAAACCAAAUGAGACGAAGAACGUUUGUUACUUGAAGCCUCCGGCAGGUGGAAACAUUUAUUUAUUUAUUUUCAGAGGCUCGUUCUGUGAAUAAAUCUGUUCUGGACUCUGAAUAAAAACAUUUUGAUCAGAA